CGUCCCGCCCCGUCCCGUCCCGUCCGCCCGGACUUUACCUCCCCGGUGGGGCCCGCGCCGUUCUGGGCCAUGUGAGCGGCGGCGCUGAGCCGCGGGGCCGCCACCGGCAGCGGGAUGGAGCGCAGGAAGGUCUUCGUGGUGCUCGACGUGCUCUGCUUGGCCGUCGCGUCCCUGCCCUUCGUCAUCCUGACGUUGGUGAACUCGCCGUACAAGCGGGGCUUCUACUGCAAUGAUGACUCCAUCCGCUACCCCUACAAGGCGGACACCAUCACCCAUGGCCUCAUGGCUGGGGUCACCAUCCCCUGCACUGUUGCCAUUAUCUCCACAGGGGAGGCGUACCUGGUCUACACAGAGCGCCUCUACUCCAAGUCGGAGUUCAACAACUACCUGGCCGCCCUCUACAAGGUGGUGGGGACGUUCCUCUUCGGAGGGGCCAUCAGCCAGUCCCUGACUGACCUGGCUAAAUACAUGAUUGGCCGUCUCCGGCCAAACUUCUUGGCCGUCUGCAAUCCUGACUGGUCCAAAGUGAACUGCUCCAUCUACGUGCAGCUGGAGAACGUCUGCCAGGGGGAGAGCAGGAAUGUUACUGAGUCCAGACUGUCCUUCUAUUCCGGACACUCCUCCUUUGGGAUGUACUGCAUGAUGUUCCUGGCGCUCUACGUGCAAGCCCGGCUGGUUGGGAAGUGGGCUCGGCUGCUGCGCCCAACCAUCCAGUUCUUCCUCAUCGCCUUUGCCAUCUUCGUGGGCUACACCCGCGUCUCCGACUACAAACACCACUGGAGCGACGUGCUGGCGGGGCUGCUCCAAGGGGCUCUCAUUGCCGUCCUCAUCGUCCGCUACGUCUCCGACUUCUUUAAGGAGCGUCCCCCGCAGCAAUGCAACGAGAAGGACCCGGAGCGUAAGCCCAGCCUGCCGCUCACCAUGAGCGACCCUGACCGCAAUCACUACAGCUACCGGGGCGCCCCGUGAGCCGUAACCACGCGUGCCGGACUGCAGACCUUUCCCUCGGCCACACUCCGCUCUUGGCACGGGGGACAGGGACGCUGGCUCCGUGGGAACCGUUGGCUCCCUGGCUCUGAUGCCUCUCGCUGCCGCAGGUACCUGUGGGGCAUCCCUACCCACCUCUGCUCCCGCAGCGCCGCUGGCUCCCGGUUCCCUGUGCUUUUGCUGGUUUUUGGGGGAUCCCAGCAUCCUUCCCGCGGGAAGGGGGAAAUCCUUGCUCUCUUGUGCAUGAGUCACGCUCCAAGGCUGCCGUCCCAGCCCUCCGUGUGACGGGAGGGAGGGGAAGGUGGCGCGUGGGGGUGGAUUUAUCGGGUUGGCGAACGGUGCCGAGCGAAUUGGGAAGGCUGAAGCUGCCUGUGCUAAGUGUGUGUUAUCCCUGUCAAAUUAUCCAGCCUUAGGAGCGCAAAUCCUCCCAAGCACAGGGGGAGGAGGGCGGCUGCUGGGCUAGCAAUAUGGUUUUGGUAAGGAUUAAAGCAAUCCAGAGCUCUUCUCUCUUCCCUGAUUGCCUUUAAAAGCAGCCCUGGCUGCCAGCAGCUGGUGGGAACCAAAGGUGCGCGGGUGCCGGCUUUUCCUCCGGCCGUGCUGGAAGCGAGGGCUUCUUGUACCCCGCGUGGCUUGGGGUGAAGAGGAUGCUUUAGCCUUUGUCUCUCCUGUAGCUUCAGCUGAUGCUUUAGGGGGCGCGAGGGGGGGGGAAAAGGGAGCAGCUUUCUGUGGUAAAGGGGAAAUAAAUGGGGAUGCGGAGCUGGAUGCGAGACUCCAUCCUCCCUGGGAAGGUGGGGAAAGGGCCACGGAGCGGUGCCGUCGCUGACAUGCGGCUGCCUCCAGUGCUGGAGCGCCGCGGGUCUCUUUUUAAACGACAUUCAUUUUCAUUAUGAUGUGUUUUUAUAAAAACGUGGUUUUUUUUU